AUGCCCCGUUGUAGGAAGCGUCGGAUCAAAUGUGAUGAAGCAAAGCCCGUCUGUCGGCAAUGCACUAGCUCUCUACGCAAAUGUGAGGGAUAUCAACCUCAGGCGUGGCUGUUCGAGCCUCGUGGUGACAGCAAUGCGCCCGACCAGCACAACACCCUCGUCCAAGUUAUAUCUCCUCUGGGGCCCUUCGGAGAUGGCAUCGACAAACGUGGGUUCCAGUUCUGGCACGAACAAGCUGCGCCCAUAUUCUCCAGUUACUUUGGUGCGUCUCCCCUGUUCGCCUUCUCCUUUCUCUCAGUGUCAAUAGGGCCAGGGCAUCGACUGACCGCGCCGCCAGGUCAUUCCUUCUGGUCGCGACUUCUGCCCCAAAUUGGAGUUGUUCAACCAGCAGUCAAGCACUUGCUCAUUGCUACGUCGUCCCUAGUUGAGACUGCUGUUCAGAAGGGCGUCUCUCGAGACCAGAACGCUGUUUACCAGACUCACUACACUAGGGCCAUCCAGGCUACAUGUUCUUCUCGGCAGAUUGAGAGUGUCCUGAUGGCCUGCCUACUGUUCGCCUGUUGUGAGUUCAUGCAAGGCAAUGUUGUUCCCGGCCUUCAUCACAUCAACUCAGGCUUGAAUAUCAUGGAGGAGUGGUACAAGACGGGCAGCAGCAUGUCGUCCGGGCCAAAUGCUCAAACUGCACGUCUGAUUAUCGAUGUCAUCGGUCCCCUCUUUAUCUCCUACAUUGACAAGGCCCCAACUUACGGGAGGGGAGAUAUCACCAUCACUCAGAGUGCAUGUUCUGGCACCAUCAGUCCUAGCCAUGAACUACCCUACUUUGACCAUUUCACAGAUCUGCAUCGAGCACACCAUGCCUUGGACGGUAUUGCUCAUCACGUGGCAAGGAUGAUGGACUUCAGGAGGACCCCGUUGGCCCCCUCCCCUCCGCACAAGCUGCAAAAGUUACUCGACACUUGGUGGGUGUCCUUCGAGGUCUUGAAAACAAACAUGCCGUGGGCCCGAAAAGAGCGGCUCAAACUAUCACUGCAGUUAAUGCACGUCCAAUACACUGUCCUGUCAAUGAUGCUGCGCUAUUUAGUAAGCAAAAAUGAAGGUGUCUAUGACCAUUUCGAGCAAGAGUUCCAUUGGAUCGUGGAUCAGUACGACGACUUCUCGAAAGCCUGGGCAAAAGAUGAGCCUUUGAAAUUCUCGGCCAGGAUCGAACCCGUCGAUGGCCACAUGGGAUAUAUUUCCCCUUUGUUCUUCACCGCCACCAAGUGCCGGCACCAAUAUAUCAGAACCGCAGCCCUGAACCACCUCGCUGCUUUGAGGGUGGUGGAAAACAACUGGACCAGCUGUACCGCGUAUCAAAUUGCUCGAAAGAUCAUCGCCAUUGAGAACACACGGUCCAUCAUCAAUGAUCGCGUCGGUCUGAGGGACGAGAGAGAUCUAAUCCGGCCAGUGGAAGCCUCUAUCACCGACAACCGGCUGACUCAAGCCACCCUCGAGUAUAUCGGGCAUCCUUAUGACGAUGCUUCCCUUUUGAUGCAAGAGACGAUUGACUUGCAGGGCUGCUCUGCGUCGUCAGUCCAGUGGCCGCUGGGCAGGAUCAUCCGAAUUGGAGGCUUUCAAGGAGGUGCGGUCAGGCCUAGGCCCACUAAUUGCCGCUGCCGCUUCUUCCAGGCAAAGGAAGAUAUAGUCCUUCGAACGAAAUGGUGA